AUGGAACGAUUUUCAAAGCUCGAUUGCCCUGCAGCAAGCGGCAGAGGCGGUGGCGGGGUUGGAACAGUCUCGUCGAGAGCUGUGCGAUCACUUGAUCUUGGCACCCCCUUGUACACUAUUCUUAAUUUUCUCUUUCGGCAGGUCCUGGAGCAAGUGUGCGCUGUGCUCGGCCAGGCGGACGGCGGUGAGGUCGGCGAAGGGCUCAGGGCGAUGGCGGCGGUGCUACUGCGAACCCUCUUCGACAUCCGCUCGGACGUCUGGUUCCGAGUCCAACAGGAAACACAAGCAGGAGUCAAGGCGACGCUGCUGGACCGCUUGACGAAGGAGCCAGUGGCUCACAUCAGGAGAAAGCUGACCCACGCUAUCGGGCAGCUCGCCGGAAUCUCUUCCGCGACAGGCGAGUGGCCGGAGCUGAUGGCGUUGACGGUAGCCCUCUGCGACGCGGCGCAGCAAUCUCCGGAGAUGAAGAUCGUCGGUCUCGAUCUGGUCAACAUUCUCGCCGAGUUCUGCCCUGGAAUGAUGUCUCCCCACCAGGACGGCUUGCUCCAGAUGUUUGGGGCGAGUCUUGAAGACCCAACCAUCGGUGUGAGAGUGGCCGCCUUGAAGGCAGCCUGCUCGUUCCUGCAAGACUCGUUAUCAGCUGCGGUGGCACCUUCUCUGGUUCCGCGGAUCAUGUCCGUCGUUGAGGCCACGGUCAACUCGGGGGACGAGGCCGCCGCCGGAGAUGUGCUGGAGGCUCUUAACGUCAUCGCCUCCAACCAGCCCUUGCUGCUGCUCGGCGAGAGCGGCGACCAGACCUUGGAGAUGGUCAGCACGGCGAUGCUGACCCUUGCGGGAAGCCCUACCCUCGAGACUUCCACCCGGGAGCUGUCGCUUGAAGUCUUCACGGGACUGUGCGAGUGCGCUCCGUCGGUCCUGCGGGAGCGAGGGGCGACCGUGGUGAACGUUGCGGUGCCGCUGACGAUCAACAUGCUUGCACAGCCUCCUCAAGAUUUCGACGACGAAGAGGAGCUAGGGUCGUGGUUGUCGAUGUCUGGCGGCAGCGGGAGGGGAGACGACGACGCGGACGCAGAAGGGGGCGAGCUGAGCAUGAUCGCGGCGAGCGCCCUCAGCAGGAUGGCGGUGGCCUUGGGAGGCAAAGCUGUCCUCUCGUCGGCCAUGCCCGUGUGCUCCGAGUUGCUGGGGGACGCGACGAACUGGCGUCGCCGGAAGGCGGGGUUGCUGACGCUUCUACUGAUCGGCGAGGGGUGCGGCGAAGACCUUGCGGAGAGCGGCCUCCUCCCGGGAAUCGUUCUCGGCCCCGUUCUUGCGGGGAUGCAAGACGAACAUCCCCGGGUGCGCUACGCCGCCCUCAGCUGCGUCGGACAGAUGACCCAGGACUUCGGCGAUUGGGACGGCGGCGGCGAGGAGGAGGAGGGAGGAGGAGGAUCGUUCCAGGGAGCGUUCCACGCCCAGG